CAGAUGCAGCGCCAUCUAAACAAAUUUAUUAUCUACGCAGCCGACGAAUCGCUGCGUUGUCGGCUGUCGCAAAUGAGCUCGAAUCUGUACACAAAUCUGCAAACCUAUACGAUUUAUGGGCUUUAUCAGUUGAAUGGUUCGUUGCUGUCAACGGUGCGUAUGCGCAAUGUGCAAUUACUGCUGCUGUUGUUGUUCUUAUGCUUAUUCUUGAUGUUGUUGCAGAUGAUGGCCAGCAUGAUUACCUUCAUUGUGAUACUCAUACAGUAUAGCCUCGGCGACGAUUGCUCCACGCCCUCCUCCGCCUCCGCCUCCGCUUCCACCGCCGUUGCUCCCGACGAGCGAGCUGAUCAGUAAAACAUUCACGUUCAUCUCAUGAGGCAGCCACUUGAUGCCGUGUUUGAAGCUGGUUUGCCAGCCAAUGGGCGGCACUUGCAACACACUCACACUCACACACACUCACACACGCACACACACACACAGAUAGAGCAUUGUAGUAUGCACUUUUUGCGCGUCUCAAAAAUUGUUAUUGCACAUUUAAAGGCGUCAUUAUUAGCGCUACAUGGAGGCCUUAGAAGCCUUCCACUAAUUGGGGCAAGUUGUGGGGCAAGUUGAGUUUAGUUUGUAAUUCUUGUUAUUGUUGUUGCCGCUGCAGUUGUUGUUAUCACAUAAAUUGUGCGCACAAAUCUUGAUCUGCAAAUCAUUUUCGACAACUUUACGGGCUGUGCACUCACAAAGCACUCACUUCGAGCAUGCCGUGAAUACUGUGAAUACAUUCACGCAGUCGAACGUUUGCAAAACAAUUUUUCGUGGGCAACUUUGGAGUUUUGUGUGUGCUGUGUGUGUUGUUUGUGUUGUUGUUUGCUGCCGUUAUCUGUUGCAUAGAUCUGUGCCAGCCAACAUUUUGUUGCCUGCCACAUUUCCUGUGGCACGCUGCAUCCAGGGGCAUGCGGCAAAAAGGCAUCACUUGAAUUAUUUACGCAACUAACUAAGCUGACAUUUAAUUUAAGUGCCAACACCAGAGCUUGUGCUUGGCUGGCCAAGAACUGUCUUCAACUUCAAAAUUUAUACGUGCAACGCGCUGUGGCAGCUAAUGAAAUUUAUGCAUUUAUGCCAAGUUGCUUAAGUUGUGUGUGCCUGGAGGAUGCCUCGACUCGACUCGAAGUUGGAGUCGGAGUUGGAGUUGGAGUCGAACGCCGCCGACGCUAUGAUCCAUGUUAAUGUCCAUCAGAGGCGGCCUGUCAAUUCGAUUGUUGGACAUGUCCAUGUUGCCAGUUGCCAGUUGCCAGCCUGCCGCAUUGCUGCAUUGAGAUCAAUUUGCAAUUAGCCGCACUUGCAACGGAUAUGGCUGCAACUAUGUGUAGCUCUCUCUCUCUCUCU